AUGACAGCACAUCAACAUCAACAGUUGACGAUUUUGAUUAGCACAUUGACUGAACAGAAUAAUGUUCUUGACAUGAUUGUGAACAAGAUCAUUGAUCUGUUUCAAGAGGAUGGGCAUAUAGUCCCAGCACCUAAUGAACAACAACGUCGACGAAGUAGUAAUAUUUUUGACGGUAGUCCUACUUCUCCACCUGGAAAUACAACGCAACGUCGACGAAGUAGCAGUAUUUUUGACGGUAGUCCUUAUUCUUCGCCUGAAAAUACAACGCAACGCCGCCGUUCGAGCACUUAUAAUGAGAAAGGUCUAAUAAACAAUGUUAAUACAAUGCUAUACGAAAAUCGUCAUUUUGAAUAA